AUGCCUUUUAUCUCCGCCGAUUACGAGGUUGAGCAGACAUUCAGCAUCCCAUGCCCGGGAUUCAACGUCAAACUCUCCCACUGGGAUAGAACAUUUGUGCCGUACCACACAAAACGCAUUUUGUUCUUCCAACUGGAUGUCGACGAGGACAGAGCCAAAAUCACUAAACAGCUGCACGCCGCAUUCCACAACACGGUGCAAAAGCUUCCCUUUCUCGCGGGCUCCAUUGUUCCCUUUACUGCAGAGGAGGGUGGACGUCCUUGGCUGCGCAACCUCAUUCCCAAGGGCGCCGCGCAUCUCGUCGUCAAGGACUUGUCGGCGGACCUGAGCUACACAAAGCUCGAGGCCGCCAACUUUUCGCAGAGCCUGCUCGACACCGACAAGCUCUGUCCCUUGCCCCAGGUGGCGUAUGUGCAGGAAGAACCCGUGGACGUGUGCCGCUUCCAGGCCAACUUUGUCGAGGGUGGCCUGCUGCUCGUUGCGUCCGUCAUCCACAUUGUCUGCGACGGCAACGGCGUAACACAGACCAUCAGGAUCUUUGCAGAUUUUUUCCGCCAGGCGACCCGUGACAUCCAGCUCCAGCCUCCUCGGGGCCAAGACGACGUCUAUACCUCGGACCGCACCAAGAUUGUCAACGGCGGCGGCGCAGUCGGCUGCAUCGACCUGCACCCGGCAUGGACAAGCUCAACUAUCAACACGCACUCGCAGCUCUCCGACGUGCAGACAUCGUGCAAGACGUACCGUAUCGACGUGGGGAUGCUAGAUGCCCUCAAGCAAGCCGCGUCGAAGCUGACGCCAAAGGGCGAAUGGAUUUCGACCAAUGACGCCAUCUCGGGCUUGAUCUGGCGCAGCAUUGUUCUUGCGCGCCGCCGCGCGGGCAUUCUCAAGGACCAAAAUAAGGAGGCCUACAUUACACAGCCGGUCGACUGCCGCUCACUCAUCAAGCUGUCGCAGCCGUACUUCGGCAACGCCCUCUACAUGGCCCAGGCCACCUUGGACGUGGACGUGCUCGCCGACGAGGAGACGGGCAUUUCUGCAGCGGCGCAGUGCAUUCGCGCCAGCCUCGCAGGAGUCACGGGAGACAAAUUCCGUGAUCUUGUCGGGUACGUGGAGCGCACAUCGCAGGAUUCGCAGACUCGCCUCAAGGUUGUCGAGUUUCUCAACACGUCGGGCAUCAUCCUCACCAGCCACUUCAAGUUUCCAAUGCACGAGAUUGACUUUGGAUCAGCGCUCGGCCGACUUAAAGCACUGCGCCUGCCUGCGAAGGGCAUGAUGACUGGCGCUGUCAUGGUAAUGCCCAAGCUUCCCGACGGUAGCUGCGAAUUCUUGAUCACCGAGGCGGAUGUGACGGUGGCGAGCCUGGGCCAAGACGCCGUGUUUGCCGGGUUUACCCACGAGGUGUAA